AUGACUACCCAACGCCAACUUGGCAAAUGGUGCCGUAUCCAUUUUGAGACGGUAACUAUCAGUAUCCCCAGCAAUUUUAUCACAUACCACAGAAACCUCCGUUCUCUCUUCAAAGAAAAAGAUGAGUACGAGAUGACAGAUGUCGACGAUUUGACUGGAUAUGUUUUUGUCGACUGGAUAAUGUCCCGCGGAUAUGACGUGGACUACGACUGCGCAGCGCAAGACGAGAACAUCGCGCUAAGGGAAUACAUCAUUGCCCUGAAGGCUUGGGCUAUUGGACGCCGUUAUAACCUUUAUGGUCUGGCUGUCCUUGCCAGAGAACAUGCCGUCGACUUGGCUCGGCUUGUGAACCCUAUCUGGGUACUCGAGGUAACAGUCGAUACUCCCCUGGCCAUGAAGCAUAUAUCCGGCAUCAUCCACCGCAUCGACGACCACACUUCGGCCGUCUUGAACACGACAACAAGGCACCAAGCGGAGACAUUUAUCCUGAGAAUGCAACCUCCAGAAACAGUGGGUCGGCUCUGGGUCAUGCUUCAGUUGAUGCAGAUAGCCCAAGGACCGGCUCUGCGACGAGGCAAGCGUCUGGUUUUGCAGGCUCUUCCAACCCUUAUGCCGGGCUUAACAGAGUGGCUGCAGAUACGUCGAGAAUUGAUACGAGAAAGGGACCGUAUAACUCCUCAAGAUGCUAUCCCCGCCGAGAAUGAUGUCGAUGAGCACUCUGAGAGUCCCUUUAAUCACUUCAUUCCAACUGCCAAGUUUAAGUGUGGAAAGAUCAUGCGGGCCAUGGCUGGAAGCAUCAACAGCAGCCGAACCAUCGGUACCCGCAACAAGGAGAAGCCUUCCAAGAGGACAAAAGUGUAUUGUUGCUCUCCAUCCUUUUUCAUUGGAUCAUCUUUAUGA